AUAUUAGCCGCAAAUGAGGACCUCAUCACAGACCUACCUGGCCUUUCAACGCCUAUUAACUUCAAGCAAUACUCCGGUUAUUUGGAUGCAUCGAAGGGAAGGCAUUAUUUUUACUGGUUUUUCGAGGCCACCAAAGACCCGGAAAACGCACCGGUAGUCCUGUGGCUAACUGGUGGACCGGGAUGUAGUUCCGUGUUUGCGAUGUUUACAGAGAACGGGCCCUUCCGUAUCAAUAAGGAUGGAAAGACUGUGGAACUACACGAUCACAGUUGGAAUACUGUGGCCAAUAUCCUAUACCUUGAAUCCCCGGCCGGAACGGGAUUUAGUUAUGACUCGAAUAAUAACUAUACGAAUAACGAUGAGACGACUUCAUUGGAUAACUAC